AGAAUUCCUACUCGCCAUGUCUCAACAGGACGUCGUCGCUCCGCGUGCUGCGGAGAUCAUCAAACACAUGAACGCGGACCACAAGGACUCGCUGCAGGCCAUCGUGACGCACGUUCAGAAGCUGCCCUUUCCUCCGUUUUCCGCGCGCAUGUCGGCCAUCACGUCCAAGGGCUUCACCGUCGACUACCGCAUUGUGGUCAAGUCGCUCCUCACACAGCCCGGCGGCUCGAAGCGCAGCGUCGUUGUGCCCUUUGACCCUCCACUGAAGUCGGCGGGCGAGGCUCGGGCGAGGCUCGUUGCCCUGAGCCAGGAGGCCGAAGAGAAGCGCCUCAAAAAGUACCCGAUUCGCUACUCUACGCCGCUCGACUUGCCAAUCUGGUCACUUACCUUCGUGGGCCUCUUUCUUCUUUCGCGCCCAGACAUCUCCCGGCAGCUCCCCAGCCACCUUGCUUCAAUCUUUGACCAGAUUCGCAAUCGCCUUCCCAACGGCGCUCAAUGGCCAGAUCUCCUCUUCAAGGGGCUUGUUGCCGUGCAUGUCGCUGAGGCAGCCGCGAUGGGUGUGUACGUCUGGAGGCGCGGUGCCUCGCUUCUUACCUGGCUCCUGUGGACCUUCCCACAUGUCAUCAUGGGCUUCCCAAACUAUCUUGCCUUCAGGAAGGUCAACCCGUCCAUCUCAGGCAAGAAGGCCAAGAGCCAUUAGUUUUUGAGCAGAGACCAGACUCGAGCUAAGAAUGGUAUAGAAUUUGUGCAACGAGAAUUGCUACAAUCGUGGCCUUGCCCUUGCAUUGACGGGCCCAAGAAGCCAUUGGGUAUAUGCUCUGAUCUUGGCUUCGCUGACACCGCCAAAGAGACCGGUGCCUGUCGAAGAGAAGUGCGUGGUGGCUGAACCUGCUGCACCAUUGACGUACGCGACCAAUGCCGGAUCGACGCCCGUUGGGGGGCCUUCUUCCGAAUCACCGUCGAGAUGACCAACAUCCAUGAAAUCGCUCUGGUUCAAGCCUAAAGCCGUCAUCACGCCCGAUUCAUAGAGCUCGGCAUCGGCCAGUGCAAUCUGUUGCCUCUGCUUGU